UCAGUCGAGCCAGCCAGAUCGAGUUCGCUACCAGUUGUUAGUUAAAAUAUUUUAUUGGAUGAAGCUUGUGUGGAUUUGUUAACUUAAAGUGAACGCCGGGCUAUUGGCAAUACGAUCCCCACCAAGCAGACGCGGAACGAUGGCGAUGAAUCGCCACGAGCGUAUCGAGUGCAAAGGAUGCGGGAAGCAGUCCCUCACCUUCAGGUGCUAUCGCUGCCUGAGCUGCCAGGACUUUGAUCUUUGCGAGGAGUGCUAUGAGAAUGACUUCACCACUUCCACGCAUCCGUUUGACCAUCCGGUGAUAUGCGUCCUCAUUCCGGCGGAUGUGGAACUGUAUUUUGGUGGCGAGUACAUCAGUAACUAUCUGCCGCAGAGCUACCGCUGUCCGUACUGCAAGAGAUGGGGCUUCAACGAGUCCACCUUCCUGGAGCAUGUAUCGGCAAUGCAUCCGGAUGCCAGCCCCCUGCUGGUCUCCACCAUGGUCGGUCUCUUCGAGCAGCAGCAGGCCGCUCGCCUCUUUCUGGAGAAUGAGCAGUUGGCCUCCAUUGCCGUGGCCGCCACUUCGCGCAACGAACUGAUGCGUCGCCCAGAGGGCUCGAUGACCCUCUAUUUGGAGCCGCUAAAUCGGGAUGGAAGCUAUCGCAGGGUGGUGGAACAGAAUAACGAUGACCGUACUCAGCGCUUUUCUUCUGAUGGCCGUGACCGGCUCCAGGCUCUGGUCAGGGAACGUUACUCCCGUAUUGCGCGCCGAAGUGCUGCCAGAGGUGGUCAUAUGGCUUCCAGACUGCCGGCAGCGCCUGCUCCUGGAAGCAGCUCCCGCUUGUUGCAUCAAAUAGAAGAGACAAGCCAGAGAAUACAUAAUAUCAUUGUCGAAGAGUUAGGCAUCUCCAACUACGAUCCUCCUGCACCAUUCAGCGUCAAUGCCAUAUCGGAUCAACAGCAGCAGCAGGUGGUGGAACCAAGCCCAAAUGCCGCCGCUGCACCAAUCGCAACACACCCAUCGCUGAUGGAGAUGAUGCGCUUCUAUGACGAGGCUGGCUUGCAGCCAUUUCCAGCUUCAUCCCGUCGAGGCAUCCGCACCAGACCCGCAAACCCAGUUCCACCAACGGCCAACAUCGGUAACAAUACACGGAGCAUAAAUGUUUACGGACCCACAUCCGCUUUUACCCAGGCGGCGCACAAUCCUCGAUCCAUGAACUUGGCCGCCCCCGAUCUGUUUCCGCUUGACGAGCAGUUUCGAAUCAGCAGGAUGCCCAGUUUCCAGGCCAAUCCCGGAGCACUACAUCGCCAAGGAACCGGGACGCGCGCGCUGGAUACGCGCUCCGUGGAAUUUAGCGAAUUUCCGCCGGAAGAAAGCGAACUGCCCCUCAUCCUGGGCACUUCCUCGAUCGAGGACCCGGCGAUGCUAGACAAGCAGAGGGAUCUGGAGCGCAGUUGUUUUCUCUGCUAUCGCUUCGUAACACCCUGGGCAUCUAAGCGUCCCCAGAAUCAUUUUCUAUUGCAACGCGCCGAAUUUGUAUCCCAGGUGCUCUACUCCGCCUUGUGCGAUGAAGAUUUCCAGGGUAUUUCCUUUCCGAUCUUGAGAAACAUCCCCAAACUGAGGACCAUUCCGGACAACGUCAUCUCCGGUGCCGGCGAUGCUGAGAAGAAUCCAUCUAAUCCGUAAUCCAUCAGAAUCGGUUUUGUGUACAAUUUAUAGCUGUUCUUAUACCCUUUGUAUUCGAUAAAUUUCCCGUUCAUAUCUAUGGAACUUUUGGUAACUUGGCUAAAAGGCCAGCAAAUUAAUAACGUGUUUCCAAUUCUCAACUUACAAUUGGCCAGCAGUCGUGAUUGUCCAGCUUUUAAAUUAGCCAAUUCAUUUUUGAGGACCAGCUUUCUUGACCCCAUUAAAAAUGUGCCAGUGUUGAUAAAGAGA